AGAAGUCAUCGCCAGUUUAGAAGUCAAACCCACUAAUUCAUCAAAGCUGGGCCUCCACCUCGAUAUCUUUUCUCAAUCAGAAGAUAAAGUUUGCCACUGAUCGCUUCCAUCUUUCUCACAAUCUUCUCCUCCUCCUCCUGCGCACCAGAUGGCUACUAAGCUUGGAUCUCUCGGGCCAACAUGGGUUUUCACUCUGCUAUGCAUCUUUCUCUCCAUGAACACCAGCCCAUCUUGGCAUGCAACUGCAAAACAAAUCUCUUACUCCGACCACUGCACUGCGACCGUCCCUGAAGCCGCUCCCAACGUGUAUAAGCUAGGCUCCUUGCCGCUGUCCCGAUAUACUGGUUACUACGUCGAUGGCCGACAACUCCAGGGACCCUCCUCGUCUUCGGCGUCCAAUUCCUUCUCGUUUCUUGUCAGCGGUGUCUACAAGACCGAUCAUGACGGGGUGCUCAAGGUCGAAGCCGACUUGCGAUUCCGGAAAUCGAGUUUCGAAUUCUAUGCUGAAGGAGGGUACAUGUAUGGCCAGACAUACAUGGGGACCACUCCUCUAAGGGCGGCCAAUGUCUCGCCCCGGACUAGGAGUCCCAUCAUUUUCCGGUUAGAAGGUUUCUGGUCGGAAUCUUCAGGGAAGCUCUGUAUGGUUGGGCCCUCUUUCUCGACACGAGGUCACUCUCUCGAUCUUGAUGUUGUGCUUAAGCUCGAUAACGUAAGCAAUUCCGCUAAUGUCACUAGCUUAUUUACUGGCGUGUUGGAGAGUUUGAGUCCUUCCGAUGACAAGAAUUAUUUCGAUGCCAUGUCAAUAUUAAUGUUUCCUCAGAGAAAUUACAAGUACAGUUUGGUUCCUGGGAAACUCAAUAAUGGGAAGAGCGAUCUUUCGCCGGGUUUAGCGCCCCGGAGCGGAAGCUUUUGUUGGGUUUUCGAUAACCUAGGCAGAGAACUGAAUCUUAUAUAUGCACCUGAUUGUAGUCCUGUCCAAAACUGCACGCCCAUCAGGGGUCCUUCAGGAUAUUUGCCUCCUGCCAUGUCCGUCCAGGGAAUCGGUUGUUCUAGAGGUGAACUGAAGAUGCGGGUGUUGCUGCGAUUUUCAAACAAAAGCGACUUUGGGUAUUAUGGACAGUUUGAUCCGAACUUGACGCUGGUUGGAGAGGCGAUGUGGGAUGAGAAGAACCGACUGCAGAUCAAAGCCUGUCGAAUCAACGUUGCUGGAUCUUUCUCGACUGCUCGUGUCGAGGAUUGUUCGGUACGCGUUGAGUUGAUGUUCCCUGGAGAGUGGUCGAUCAGGGAAAGAUAUGGCAUUUCGGGUCACAUUUGGAGUGAGAAGAGCCGGAAUGAAUCGGGUUAUUUCACAGAUAUUGUGCUCCGAAGCACUGAAAGCAGUCUUUGGGAGUUUCCUGACUUGAAGUAUGAGUAUACUGAAACCGAGAGAGUAAGGAAGCUGUGUCCAGGAAAGAAGGAUCCGAAAAGUGGGAGAGAAAGAUAUCCGAAUCCUUACUCUCCGGAUAUGAGGUUCGACAUGCUGGUUAAGAAUGCCGAAGGAAAAAUAGGGGCAGGGUAUUCUUACCCUCUCUUUGUUGACGACCAAAUGUAUGAACGAUAUGGUUUCGACAUGCCAGUUUCCAGAUUAAAUACAGAGACUUUUGCAACUAGGCAGAAGACUUCCACUGUUGACAGUCACUCGACCUCAAGCAGCGACGCCCGAUUCAAUAUCUCGUACCAUAUCGGCUUCAUGGGACUGCAGCAUGUGAAGGGCAAGAGCCAAAAUGAUGUCUUGAAUCGGUCUUGGAGUUCAAAUGACCGAGUGGAGAUUUCUGCAGAAGGGGUUUACGAUGCUGAAACUGGUGACCUAUGUAUGGUGGGAUGUAAAAGUGUCGUCCCGGCCGCGGCGAAGCCAGCCAACAUGUCUCAGGACUGUGAAGUUCUGAUCAGAGUGCAGUUUCCUCCCUUGAAUUCGAAGAGAAGGCAAGAUCGUAUUGUGGGAACUAUCGAGAGCAUGAGGGACAGGUCCGAUCCGCUUCAUUUCGACAGGCAGAACCUGACUUCUGUUGCUCCUUAUGUAGAGGAAGCGAGGCGGUCCAUUUGGAGGUUGGACCUCGAGGUCUGUCUCGUCCUUGCUUCCAAUACAUUCUUGUGCAUCUUCAUCGGCAUACAGAUCCUUCACAUGAAAAGGCAACCCGAGGUGCUUCCCUACCUUUCUAUUGCCAUGCUUGUUAUCCUCACUUUAGGCCAUGCGAUCCCGCUCGUGCUCAACUUCGAAGCCUUGUUCCUGGGCAAUCGGAAGAGGCAGAACAUUUCUCUCGGAAGUGGUCGAUGGCUCGAAAUAAACGAGGUGCUGGUGAGGGUAGCCACAAUGAUAGCUUUCUUGAUGCAAUUCCGUCUUCUCCAGCUGACUUGGGCCGCAAGAAAGGAGGAUGGGGUUGGGGCGGGCUUGUGGUUCCAAGAAAAGAAGGCUUUGAUUGUCUCUUUGGUGUUAUACGCCAUCGGAGCACUGGCGGCUAUCAUCUUUGGCUGGAGAAGCCAUUUUGAUAACGCGGCUAUUGAUCCCGAAUUCGCAGGUUUUACAAGCGACGGACAAGGCUUCUCCAUUUGGGGAGGCUUGAAACGUUACGCAGGACUGAUCGUGGAUGGUUUUCUCUUGCCUCAGAUUCUGCUCAAUGUCUUCAGGAACUCAUCUGAGAGGGCCCUUUCAGGUUCUUUUUACCUCGGAACCACCCUAGUUCGGCUGCUACCGCACGGUUACGAUCUCUACAGGGCUCGAAACUACUCGCCACAACUCUACGGAUCGUACAUUUAUGGAACUCCAGGAGGCGACUUCUAUUCGACUGCUUGGGAUGUCAUCAUUCCUUUAGGCGGGCUUGUUUUCGCAGCCAUCAUCUUCUUGCAGCAGCGGUUUUGCGGCGCUUUUAUUGUGCCCAAGAGAUUUCGAACCUCGGUAGCUUAUCAGAAGGUACCCGUGGCCGGCGAUGGGCAGACAUGAGAAUCUUCGAACUCUUAAUAAUUUCCAAGCUGUAACCAUGUUCAUUAGUUUCCACGUGUGGAAAAUGGACAGGAUAUAUGUCCUUGGUCUUGUUUCUUUCAGCAUUUAAGGUAGAAAUAUCGUAAAAUCUGUAUAGUG